AUGAACCAGUUCAAUAAGAGUGGUAACGGAGUGCUGGAAUUACAAACCGCUUCUGGCGAUACCAUAUCACCCAAGGUCAACGGCAUUCUGGAGGGUGCUUUGUCCCCUUCGGAAAAGGAGUCGCGGAUGGUUAUAUGCUUUCGACCAAAAAGGGCAGGCGAAUUUUGUGUUACCAUCCCAAUGUGGUUACGUGAGCCGAUCUCAGGAUGCGACAAACUGGGAAACAUAGUGGAUGAAUGCGUACGCAAGCGUGCGUUGUACAAACCGUUUAUGGUCCAUAUAAGAGUAGCUGAAACCCAUAUGUAUUGUGUUCCGGAACGAAUUAUGUUUCCGACCGUCCCACCCGGAAUAGAGCACAGGGAGAUGAUUCGGCUUAUUGGUGAAAGGAUCAGUCAUCCAAUGUACGUCACCGUUUUUUGGCCAGUCUCUGAGGCCUCAUACGUAGAGAGUUGCUUGGAUGCUGCUGAUUGUGGAUGUCCGUUUACAGUGGAAUUUCCGGAAGGCCAAACCAUCGGAAAUAAGCCGCACAAUGAUGGCAGUGGGUCGGUUCACAUAUUGAAGGUGUGCCUGCGCUUCCGAAGUGUAGCGAACGGGUUGGUUUUGGCUCCACAUCCACGUCCGGCAUGCCUUGUGUUUGCAGCUAAGCCGGUUGGAAGCGACUCAUGCAGGAAUCUGAUUUCAUCUUAUCUCAGCGUUGUUCUACCAAUCAGUGCUGCUGUGGACAAUUCGUUGUUCAGCUGGUUUGAUUAUGUAGAUCGCCCCCACACACAGCUCAAACUGCUCUCCAAAGAGGCGUUCGCUACUGAAAUGAGGACUAAAAACGGAGAGCACGAUGAGAUGUGGACGAUCUCUCUGAAACGAAUUCAUCAACUGGUCGCCGGUAUUCGACUUAUACGAGAUGCGACUACAUCAUGGGGUCCUCAACUAUCUUUGGAAACUGCUACAAUGAAAUCAACUAGCUUGAGGAGAAAAAAUUGUCUUCCUAUUACAGCAACAACUUCCCCUAUCCAAGCGCCUAUGUCAAGUCGAACAGGGUUUCGGGAGACCAGUCGACCGGAUCUACUCGACAGAGGUAUCGAAACAAAUUUGUCUAAAAGAAAGGAUAACUCAUCCCAGUACACCGGUCUUACAACUCAGCCCAUCAAUACCACAACACCAACCGGGCACCAGGAUGGAGAGCAGACUGUCAAGGAUUUCCUUCACCGCUGGCUCACAGUUCACGGAUUUCCUGAUAGAAAUGUUUCAUUUGAAUUUCCACAAGACUUCCGCAGCUGUAUUUCUUUGGCCGCCUGUGAGAGGGACUUUUCAAGCUCACGUGGAGUACACCAGCGAUCAAAACGAAGAACCAACGGGGAUGAUAACCUGGUGACUCGGAGCGUUGGAUUACUACACGACUGUUUAACGCAAUUGUGUGACGGGCAGUCUCCUCCAGGCAUCCCCAGUGUGGUCAGUUACAACCUGAGUCAACCAGAAAAGUCUUUGGCCACGGUUUACCACCACUUAGCUGCACUGACUACAUUUGUACGUAGUCAGGGUGGAUGUCUCCCCCAAGUCCCGCCUGAGCACCUGAUGGAUCCCAGCGAUUACCGUGUGUGGUACGCGCUUGGUUUUCCAGGACUGACUGACUCGGGUCGUUCGAUUACGCUGAGUGGUGCUGGUGCGCUGGAUGGGAGCAUCAGCCGUGAUCCAGGCGAUCAGAUAUCGGCGCGGUCUGAGCCCAACAUCGCGUCGGUCCGUGCUAUUUCCAGGCAAUCAUCCAGUGAUUCACGUUCGAAACAAGACGGUGAAGUUUGUCUCCCGUUGCAUUCUUACCCUGCGCUGGAGGAGCACGAAUUUUUGGUUGUAUCCGAAGCAGCAUGGACCAAUUUGAUGUUACAGUUGAUUAAAUGUCUUGUGGUGCAGCGGAUGCAGGUGAACUACCUUGCUCAUACUCAACAGCUACUCCGUCAGUUCACUUCGAAAUCAGUUGCAGAGACGAGGUGCAUCGAUUCUGUUGAGGUAGUAGAUGACACUGCUACACAGCCGAUGAACAGUACCGAAGACGAACAAGGCGAGCAGCAACAGAUCCCAGGUGACGGCAUCAAUCUUCCGCCCUUCGUUUACAUGCCUGCACCAGGCCUGCAGAACAGCUCAAAUUGCUACUCACUGCAUGAACGCAUUCUCCUUGGAUGGGUCAACUUCUCCUACCAUCAAGGCUGCGAGCUCAUCUGGCGUUCGUCCUCCUGUCAGACACCGAGAAGGCGGUUAAUCAUCAACUUCGAUGACGAUUUUGCGGAUGGCGUGGUUCUUGGGUGUCUAAUCGGUUUACACGUCCGCGGUUUGUUACCCACAUCCUUCAUUUUUGCCCAUUCAGCCACACUUCAGUUACCAUGCAGGAGAAAAAUUGUCCUAACAAACAAGAACCAGGUGGAAGUUGUCUACAGAUGCUGCGUGGUUGGCCCAGAUCGGGCGGAUUACAUGUGCUACUCCAGCGAAAUCGAAGUGUGGUCGAGCUCAAAGAGACAUGAUGUCUUGCCAGUAGCUACUUGUAACCAGAGGGGAUUUGACGAACUGCGUAUAACUGUACCCGCCAAAUCUAGCGCCAAGCUCCAUGUGGAAUAUAAGCCACGGUUUCUGCGACCCACAGAAGCAACUUUGUAUGCAGUGGAACUGCGCUCUGGUACAGGACAAGGAAAGACGUUGGCCUUUGCUCUCAGCGGAAUGGUCAACAGUGUCGGAAAUGAGCCGGCAACAGUCGUGCACGCUGCUUGCUACGAAACGAAGAAGUUGGAAUUAAACGUUGAAAAUCCAUAUGCACAAUCAGGGAACUUCAAGGUGACAAUCGUUGAAUCACGGCAGGACGUGUUCUCGGCGUUGUGCUUCCUGAGGGGUGUUGAGUACCAACAGUCACCACCACAAACGGGGAACCAGAUGGAUAAACGAUCUACCUCCUCUUUGGGUUACGAAACCGGAAGCGACACAGACAGAAGUCAUCCACAAGAGGACGAUUUUCCUGGUUCUGCGGAAGCCGAUGGUGCAAUGCAGUCAUUCUUUUGCAAAGAACAAGUGAUACACUUAGUCGGUGCCAAUAGUUGUGGUUAUGACCCUUCGAAACGCCACCAAGAAGGACAAACACUGGUCGACGUGAACAGCGAUGAGGUACAGUCGGUCAACGUAACAUUUAUCCCUCUACAUUUGGGCACCCGCAACUGUUGUCUUCUGUUCAGCAAUGAUGAGAUCGGGGAAUUCGUUAUCAUUGUUCGGGGGAUCACAGGACUUCCGAACCCAAGCUCAAUUCCGAUUACUUACGAUUUGAAGACAGCUCCUUUCGUCAGCCACAGGUUGAACUCCGGAGUUGCUGCAGCGUUGUUCGGCCAACCGGAUGAUAAUGUUAUGUACCUUCGCAUUCCGGUUGGACGUUCGGUACGGGAAACUUUGAUGAUCCCGAUGGAAAACGAAGCCCGGAAGGAAGCAACUCUGUCAGCUAUACGACUUCGACUCACAGCUGCUGAGCUCCAUCGUCGUGAGGUGUCCAGCACGCUCAACUCAGAAGACUUACUCGACCUCGCCAAUCAGCUACUGCUACUUCCAAGGACGCGAUUAGAGCGAUUGAAUAAGGAUAAGAAAAAGCAAUCAAGCCGAAUGACGAAAAAGGAAGUGUAUCGAACAACUACGGAUGCGCCGUUCGUAACGUGCCCGCAGGCUGUGGAAACGAAAUCCAACAUAAUUCUAGCAGCAGGAAAAUCGUACUUUCCCUUGGAUGUAGACAUUUUAAUUCGCCAAACAGGACUGUUCUCCGCGCGAAUAAUUGUCAGACGACUGGAUGACAUUCGUGUUUAUCACUUGAAAUGUGUCGCCGUGCCUGACAACCAGCAAUUCAGGUUGAACUUCUCAGCCCCUCUCGCACAAACCAUUACCCAACCGAUACCUAUUGUCAAUAAGUCCACAUACGAUUGGGAGCUACACGCUAAAUUCACCGGUGCCGCAGCAUGGUUUUCGGGUCCAGCUCAAUUCAGUGUUCCAGCAGAGAACACGGUCAAUUAUCCUGUCAAUUUCGUGGCCCGUCGUGAAACGGAAGUUGAGGCUGGAUUGGAACUACUCAAUGUAACGGACGGGAGUAGUCAUAAAUAUAUCCUGAACGGUGUCGGGCUCAAGCCGUUCUCCUCUGGGCUCAUUCGCUUGAAUUGUGCGGUAGGUGGAUGCGGAAUCGGAGAGGAAGAGGAUCCGAUGAGUAUGAAAAUUGCUGGCGCUAAAUUCCACCCUUUCACCGUUAGGGUACCAAACCCAACGUCAAAAAAGCAAUCGUAUCGUCUGGGAACGGAUCUGCCUAUGGGAACUAUUUAUUGGCUGAAAUCGCCGCCAACUAAACGCUUGGAUGUAUAUCCAGGAAGCGUGGAGGAGUGCGUACUCUACUUUCGCGUGACUCGACGGGGAGAGUUUUCCGGUGUCAUCGCGUUUGUGGCUGAAGAUGAGGACGAUGUGCUGAGCGAUGAAAUUAUAGCGACGGCUGCUCACCGAAAACAAGGGACGAGAGGAGCGGAAAAUCAGCUGUUCCAAUUCGACACGAGCGCUGGUACACUUGCGGCUCAGCAAAUAAACCGGCUCGGUGCGGCGUUCCGUGUCUGGUACGAAGUUCAGAUGAUAGUUGAGCCAGGACCACCUAUGCGAACACUUGAAAUAACUUGCCCAUGCAUGGACAGUCAAGUAAUUGAAAUACCAUUCAGCUGGCCUCAUGGGUUACCGGAAACCGUGAACAAACUGGAGUUAGACGUUACGCUGCGAGGAAAGGGCAUUGUUGGACUGCCGACUCAUCUAGUGACAAAAAGCGCUGAUCCGGAGUGCCCAGUGUAUCGCUUAGAAUACUGGCCGUCUUCAGUUGAAUCCAGUGAAGGAAGUAUUGCCUUUUAUCACCAAGAUUGUGGGGAAUUUUGGAUCGCGCUGAAAUUGGCUGGAACAAGACCAAGAACCGUUUGGGUCCCACCCAUAGAAUGCGAGCUUGGCAAGUCAAAGGUUACCAGUCUCGUGCUGUCCAAUCCAACCGGUGAAUCAUAUAUACUGCAACCGCAGCUGACAAACUGUGAAGUAUUCAUGUUGCAUAUGGGUGUAACAACAAAGCAAUUGGCACGCAUUUCGUCCAGACACUCGAGUAGGAUUGGCAAACAAAGCGUAUUGGACUCAGCGCGCUCGCAACACAGCCCCACCUGUAAGGAGGAUGAUUUCGAGACGUCGCCAAUGAACUACGAUGAGCAGACCGCGGGAUACAACACAUCAAGAGAUACCACGUGUAUGAAUGUAUUUCUGGAGGCAGAAUCUACUCUGAGGCUUGGUGUCAAAUUUACACCAUGCGAUAUUGGUGAACAAGCGCACGAAGGGGAAAUCACGUUUUACUCGAACAAGCUCCAAAAAUGGACAUUUCUCCUACGUGGCAUCGGUCUACCUCCUCAACCGCGUGAUCCUCUCUGCAUCCACGCAGCUUUGGGAGCAGCUACGACGACGAUGUUGGCCGUGCCGAACCCUUUCAAAAGUCCAGUGACCGUUGACAUCUACUUCAAAGAGCAGGCGGUGAUAAAAUUUGAAGAAUCUGAAAGAGGGUUCCUGGAGGGAGAACGGAUGAGGACUCAAAAUGUACACUUAACGGAAGGAAGUGUACAGAGUUCGGAUAACACGAGAAACGAGGCAACAACAUCAGACUCAUUUAAGCUGCUAUUGGAAAGCGACAGAGAACUAUCACUCAAAAGCAAGGCAGUCCUGCAAGUACCCGUCUUGUUUGCACCGACGGAAAUGCGGGAAUACCGUAGUGUAUGCACCGUGGUUAUGAGAACCCUUCGUAGCCCCAAGAUGGAAGAGGAUUCUGUUGGAAUAACUUGGUUGCUGCCGAUCAAAGGAGUUCCAGAGGCAAGUUCGUCGUCUCGAUUAUCAAACAGGCCGCAUCUAGUUCAAAAGUAUACCAGAGGCAAGCUUUCUGAAGCCCAGUUUGUUCCGACAAUAACUGGAGUUGCACGUUCAGUCAGCAGAUAUCAUAUACACGUCACUCUGUCGCCAUUGAGUUUGACAUCGAAGACACUCGGUCCAAUUAACAAUGCAAUACCGUCAAAGGAUAGCGUCUCACCGAUUCGAAUCCGAUCAGUGAAUUCGAUCGGCAACCGUGCAUCAAGUCCAGAUCAGCCUCUGGGGGAAGAUAGCUGCACGGAGAUUGGCGCGAAUAGUGAAUUGGGUUGCCGAAAGAAAUCGGACAACUACAGCUGGAGUCUACGUAUAAUUAGCCUGAAGAAAAGUCGAAAGAUAGAUGAGCCAUACAAUGGAGACCGAUUACUCGCCAAGUCGAUAGACAUUAGGCUCAAAAAGACCAAAGUGAAAGCAGAUUUAGGAAUCAACGAAUUGUUGUUUAUGGCAAAAUUUAAACCACCUCACCCGUUCAAAUGCAACGCAGAACUUGCAAUAAAAUCUAAAAGUGGAGCGGUGUGGAGCUUCGACAUCAGCGUGGAAGCAAGGAGGCCACAGACGGACGACGUGAUUUUCAUGCCGAUAAAUUGUCUUUGGCGAACGGUCAAAGCAAAACUAAUUCUUACCAGCCAGGACAGGGAGCCAAAACCGUUCAGAGCGUGGAUAUAUCCGGUCAAUCACAAGGAAUUCAAGGUGGAACCCGAGAUGGGUGUACUUCCUGCGGCACCAGACAAAAUCCCCGCUGGGCAUGACGACAAGGACAGCUUGUAUCGAGUUCCAGCGUGUGUCACGCUGUCAUUCACACCAUCGCAAUACGAAAAACCAAGAGUGGCCAGGCUGGUUGUCCAGACGUCUGAAAUGGAGUGGAACUACAAAAUUAUCGGUGGUAUUCCUGCCUAUUCAGUACCCGAUAAACCAUCUCACCCCACAACCACAACGGUGAGCCAAGCUGUCUCUAAGGCUGCUCUGAACAUACGAACAAAAUGCAACUACAUAUUACACAACCGAAAUACUGCGUGGCAGAAGCCCAUCUUGAGAUGCGCAGUAAGAGAAAACAAGAGUACAUGA